AUGCGUCAUAAGCAAGAUAAUUCUAGUGGGUGGUACAUGAUUUACUUUACUUACAAUAAUAUUGCUGUUACCAGAGGAUAUAAAAAGUUUACUACAUACACAGAUCAACAAUUAAACGAAUGUAAGGAAACUUCAAUAUAUAGAAUAUGUAAAACACCACAACCUAUACAGGAUAACAACGAACGCCAACCAUGCGAAGUGCAAAACUUCAUAAAAUCUGACACAUAUUCUAAUCCUGAGUUAUGUACGGUAAAGAAAAUUAAUUUAAAGAGAAGCAUAUAUCAAAAAUUGCAAAAUAAAAAUACAUGGAUUCAUGCAGGAAAAGAAACACUAACAAUAAGUUGCACCAACCUAAUAGAUCCAUUCAUAACAGAAACAAAUGAAGCAGGAGAAAUAACUAUAAAAGACAUCAGUUGCCAAGUAUUUGCACGGGACGCAUAUUAG